AUGACACUAACCAGAGGCUCUUUUACAUACUCUACUGGAGAAGAGUACAGUGGUGAAUGGAAGGAAGGCAAGAGGCAUGGUGUAGGGCAGCUGAAGUUCUCUGAUGGCACCUGCUAUAAGGGUCACUUUGAGAAUGGCCUGUUUCACGGCUCUGGGGUGCUAAUGUUUCCUGAUGGGUCCAGGUAUGAAGGUGAAUUUGCACAGGGAAAAUUUCAAGGUGUUGGGGUUUUCAGCAGAUUUGAUGGGAUGAAGUUUGAAGGAGAGUUUAAAAAUGGUCGUGUGGAGGGACAUGGCUUGUUGACAUUUCCAGAUGGUUCCCAUGGCCUUCCACGCAAUGAGGGGGUCUUUUCUGACAACAAGCUGCUGAAGCGGGAAAAAAGUCAAGCGGUGGUGCAGAGAGCCCGGAGCCUUGCCUGUGCUGCCCGCAACCUCUCUGUAUGA